AUGCCAAACUUUAAUGGAGCUAUAAUCGUGCAUACACUUCAGUUGAUAAAUUCGCCGGCAACACUGAGAGAAAUCGUAGUGACCAUUGCCAAGCAUACGCAGCUGCCGCAGGACGAACUGAAGGUCCCAGUGAAGCAGACCCUUGAAAUGGGUCAGCGUUUGGGAUUUCUCCAGAAACUAAAUGGUCGGUAUUUUUUGGUUCCGAUGACCUUCCAGACCCUUAUGACCGAUGUCCAGGCUCUGGAGCUGCCGGAGAAGGUGGACAAGACCAAGCCGGCCAAGACCGAGAAGAAGGCUCCGCCGCGAAGAAGCCCCUCGAAGUCAACACUGCUGGAGAGCAAGACUAGCAAGAAAUCGGUGAAGAGUCUGGAAGAAUCCAAAAGUCAACUAAGUGUGACCAAGUGCUCUACGGUUUUCGGUCCUCGUUUCAAGAACAUAUUGCCGCCCCUCAAGGGCAUCCCCCCAUCGGUGGUCAAGGCCCCCAUCAUGGCCACUAAGCCGAAGCGUUUCAACUAAUAGCUUUUAGCCAAGCGAAUUCCAUAAAAAAUUGACUGUUUUGUUCCCCAAUUGCUGCCUGGCCAUGAAACGCGAAUAAUUUCUCACAUAUUAAAUGUACAAGUCUUUAGACUAUUUUUUCAUUCUUUUUUACACAAAUAAAAUGGUUUAAAUUGACCGUC